GGGACAUCUCUUAUUAUUUAGCAACAGACCGUGGAGAAAAUACGAACCACUUGUCUCGUUAAAAAACAUCCUUGUGAGUGGUCGACGUACACGAUCCACCAACAGUACAGUUUGGAGCAUUCGUAUUUAACACUGUAUGACGUCACGUGUGUAAAUGUGAGAUCCCCCUACUCAUGAAGUCCGUAUUUCUAACACUGGACGUCGUAGUCCUUUGGGUGGCUGUUGUCGUACAGGGAGACGGAGAUGAAUUGGCUAACACGACGUGGUACAAAGCUACCCAGGCUUGUAGAAAACGUGGCGAAGAACUUUACCAUUCCACCGACAAGUCACACGUGGCUCGGUUUCUCGACAGGAACUCCGGAAAACACUGGAUCGGAGCUAAAGUGAUGUACUCUUCCUGGACAUGGACAGAGGAUCGGAGUACGCUGUUCAAGUACGAGGGAUAUCGAAAUGUAACAGAGGAGGAUAAACAUGCGAAGAUAUUUUGGUACAGGAACCAAGCCGUCCGAUGCUACACGGAAUGUAAUACGAAAUAUAUUGGCCUACAGGGAACUAAAUGUUUUUGUGUUCAGUCACCUAACCUCUCACCAGAGAACACUGCGCAGGACCGGUGCUGGGGAAACUCUCAGGAAUACUGCGGUACGGAACACGGGAUGAGUGUUUACAAAGCCGAUUUUUUUGAAGAUGACAUCGUGCAAUGGACAUUUGGUUUGAAUGAUCUAUGUGGAUAUGUCAAAUUAACAGAAUAUGGGCUAUUGAGCGACGACAUCAUGGAAAUCAAAACGGAGAAACAGUGUCAAGCAAAGAAAUAUGGACGUGUUUGUAUAUGUACAGGCGAUGAUUCUUGUGAAGAUGGUGUCAUGGUUUAUGCAAAUAAACUAAACUGGACUGCUGCCAAUCAAAGUUGUCCUCUUAUCAACCUCAGCGGCAAUGAUGUUUCAAAAGCUGUCUACGACAGCAUACACGUUUCAACAUCACACUGGAUUGGUUUAAGUCGUUAUCGAUAUAUUGGCUGGAUUGCACGUGAUGGGACUAUCGGUGUACCUGAUACGGGUAAAAAUGGCUGUGUGUGGGCUGAACGACUUGGAAAUGGCUCUUUGGUAUUCGGUGUUACAGGAUGUGCAACAAGUUAUAAGAUUGCCUGCACUGAAGGUACGAUUCCAAUCAGAACAUCUCCUGACUCUACGAGUGAUCAGUCCUACACGACAAGCACCGCUCCUGACACGGACAGGGUGACUGUGCCCUUGGCAGACACACAUGCUCAGUCAGAUGGGCCAGUCAUAGGUGGAAGUUUAGCGGCAUUAGCUGUUAUUGUAUUGGUGUUAUUACUGUUGGCUGUGGUUUGGAUGAAAAGAACGAAACGUGUUUGCUUUAAAGACAAAGCACCUGACUCUGAUACCCGUCACGUGACUUCAAAUCAGAACGUCUACGAACUGUCUGACGAUCGCCGUGUCGAGUCUACUUAUUGUCAUAUUAACGAUCGUCCUGAUGAGACAGAUGCCGACUCUCAAAAUAAUAGGAAUGGAAGACGACACUACGAAUUUGAACAAGAAUCAGCAGAAGCACAACUUGGAGUAUCUGGAGCGAAAGACGAACCGUAUGAAUUAGCUAUGGAUCCCAGGGAAGUGAAUGCAGACGGUGAAGGUGAUUAUGAUGAGUUACACGACAGCAGACACAACAAAGUUCAACAGUGGAGCGGUUCUGACACGUACAGUCACAUCAACGAUCGAGAUGGUCGUGGAGGUUAUGACACGUACGACAGAACCAACUCCGUGAAGGACAUUCCUCCGCUUGACGCAACCUACAGUCAUAUUCACAGCAAUCGUGGGGUUGAUGACGCAAACACAUACGACAGCGCCGCACCAGUUGAAGUAGUUCCUGCUCCUGACACGACAUACAGCCACGUGGUUCCCAGUACACUGGGUAAUGAAUGAUGUGUGACAGUGUUUCCACGAAUACUCGAGUACUCGGGCACGGGCCGAGCCUAGCAGUAUUCAAGUCAAGGAAGGAAAUGUUUUAUUUAACGACGCACUCAACACAUUUUAUUUACGGUUAUAUGGC